AUGAGAGGCUCUAGCUGCUGCUGCGAUAACGGCUCUCGCCGCCCAAACAACCCCGCCAACCCCAACAUCACGCACGUUGGAGGCCGAAAUUUCUUUAAUUGCCCGCGAAUGUCUGCAUUUGCUGCGCCAACUCGUCCUUUAGCUCGCAAGCUUGCCGUCGCCGCUGUCAUCUCUCCGACCCCCCCGACUUCGCUCCGCACCACGACGCGAGGACUCUGUGCGACUAUGAGUCUUUCCAGCAAGCUCAAGCCCGCGGCGCGGGUAUCCGGGCAAAAGCAAGAUGUUUGGUCCAUCAUCAACGAAGCGGCCGCCGCCUCGCCCAAGCAGCCGAUUGUCAACAUGGGCCAGGGUUUCUUUGGCUAUAACCCGCCGCGGUUCAUCCUGGACGCGGCCAAGGAGGCGCUGGAGCGGGUGGACUGCAACCAGUACUCGCCGACCAAGGGAAGGCCGCGGCUGAAGAAGGCGAUUGCCGACUCGUACUCGCCGCACUGGGGACGGGCGAUUGAUCCGGAGACGGAGGUGACGAUUACGACGGGCGCCAAUGAGGGCAUGCUGAGCGCGUUUAUGGCGUUUUUAGAGGAUGGUGACGAGGUUAUCAUUUUUGAGCCUUUUUUUGACCAGUACGUCGGAAGCAAACGCGUGGAAAUGAAUGGAGAUAUGCCGGGCGGCAAAAUUGUCUAUGUGCCGCUGCAUCCGCCUGCCACGGGCGCGACGACGACGUCCUCGGCGGCUGACUGGACAGUGGACUUUGAUGAGCUGGAGCGUGCGAUUACGCCCAAGACCAAGAUGAUUGUCAUCAACACGCCUCACAACCCCGUGGGCAAAGUCUUUUCCAAAGAUGAGCUACAAAAGAUUGCGGACCUGUGCGUCAAGAACGAAAUCAUUAUUCUGUCGGAUGAGGUUUAUGACAAGCUGUACUACGUGCCGUUUACGCGCAUCGCGACGCUAUCGCCCGAGGUUGAGCGGCUGACGCUGACGGUGGGCUCUGCGGGCAAGAACUUUUACGCCACUGGGUGGCGCGUAGGCUGGCUCAUUGGUCCGGAGCAUCUCAUCAAGUACGUCGCGGCCGCGCACACGCGCAUCUGCUACUCGUCCGUGUCGCCCCUCCAAGAGGCGUGCGCGGUGGGCUUUGAGCAGGCAGACGCGCACGGCUUCUGGGACGCCACGAUUACCGAGAUGAAGGGCAAGAUGGACCGGUUCAACGCGGUGUGGGAGGAGUUGGGCCUGCCGUACUCGGAGCCCGAGGGCGGUUACUUUGUGCUCGUCAACAUGGCGCAGGUGCGGCUGCCAGCCGACUACCCGUUUCCGGCGCACGUGGCGAGCCGGCCGCGGGACUUUAAGCUGGCGUGGUUCCUGAUUCAGGAGGUGGGCGUCGCGGCGAUCCCGCCGACGGAGUUUUAUACCGACGAGAAUACGCACCUGGCGGAGGAUUAUAUCCGGUUCGCCGUGUGUAAGGAGGAUAGUGUGCUGGAGGAGGCCAAAAAUAGGCUGAGAGGGCUGAAGAAGUACAUGGCCAAGUAG